UUUUGUAGUAACUUUAAAUCUGUACAAUCAGCAUCAUUUCUCCUCUUUUGUGGAAGAAGUUAAAAAUUAUGAAGGGAGUAGUUUUGGUGAGGAUAAUAGUAUUUCACUAAAAAGAUAUGAUUCUAUGCACUGAUGAAAGUGAUGAUUCUCUUCUCACCUAACUCUGACGUCUUCAUACAAUGUAUUUACAAAAAGAUGUAUUCCUAGAGGCAGUGGGCCUAAAAUGACCAAUUACAUGCAUGUAGCUGGCAAGACGACUUUCAUACAAAAUAUGGACGACUUUAAAGUGCGGUACAGAGUGACCAGACAGACAGCAGGGGAAGAUGCUGCUGAUGUUGCACACUGCAAUGUUAGUGGAGCAACGCCAGGUUCUCCAGACCGUCAAUUUCUUUUAGUCCUCAAAUACGUAACGAAUCAACAUUCUGGGAAUUCUUUUUACUGGAAUGUCAAUUUCAACAGAACAUGGUUUGAUUUCAUUCUUCUCGGAUGUCCUCCUAAUAUUGCAGAGACGUAUUAUGCACACACGACGCCAGAGUCCCAAGAAAUUCAGUAUUGUAUCGGAAAGCAGAAGCUGGCAAAUUGAUUUUGGAAAACCACCACGACUUCGCAGAUAAUGCCUGUCCAUUGAGAACAUGGCUCAUAUCUCAUAACUCUGUCGGCUUUCUAGAAUCUUUUUCAUAGACAGCUAGACUUGGAUGACCUCUAUAUUGUUAUCCCUAAAGGUUGAAGAUAUAGGAAAAAUAAUUGAUUUUUACAUCUCUCAAUAUGACAUCAAAUAAAGUAUUAAUAUGGGAUGGGUGAAUGAUUUGUGAUCGUAUUUAUGAAUUAAUUCACAGCCUUGUAUCGUGAUUUAAUUUCUUCAUGAGAAAAUAAAUUGAAAUCGAUAUCA